AUGAACAUUGCUAAUAACUGUUUGUUGGGGACCACCUUGUUUGUGGACAGGAGUGGGGAUCGGGCGCAGGUUUGGCCUCUCCAGUUCUUGGGGGACACUAGACGGGUGAGGAAAUAUUCUUGGGGGUCUGCUACACUCGCCUAUUUGUAUAGGCAACUCGGCAUGGCGUCUCGAGCGGAUUGCAAAGGCAUGGGUGGAUGUUUGACCCUCCUUCAGAGCUGGAUCUACGAGUACUUCCCGUGUUUACGAGAUCAGAAGUUGGGGACACGUGGAUUGGUGUGCGGGGAACCUUUUGCUAAGAAGUGGGAGGGGGUGAGAUUUGGAGGUGGGGCACAGUUGAUGAAUGAGAGGGAGAUGUACGAUCCCUCGCGUUGCCUCCGUCAGUUUGGGUACGUACAGACCAUCCCCUCAGAUCCGCUUCCUCCAGUUGAUGUUUGCCGAUCUGCGAAUGUCAAGAUGUACUCCUUGUCCUACGGUCCCGGCUUGAGUGAGCUUUGGAAGGCCCCUCACUGCCACUCGGUGCAGUUGGAUUCGAUAUCGAGACCUGUUCAAAAACCGGAAGAUACCGACGAUGGGUAUCUACAGUGGUAUAUGGGACGUACCCACCCGAGGAUCGUCUGCCCCAGUGCUGCUGACCAGGAGAUACACCACCAUCUUAGUCAUGAUCAGUUAGUUGUGAAGCUCGUCCGAGAGUUUCGCACUGUGAUUGAGCACCCUUAUGAUGACCACCUUGAUCUUCUUCUUGGAUUACAAGGGUUGCUUAGAGAGUACGACGAGGCGACUCCAUACCAGCCUCCACCUCAGUACUAGUGUUGUUCAUGUAGUUUGAGUACUAUGUAGUUUAUUUGUAUUUUGAGAACUAUGUCGUUAAUUU